UGAGCUGGUUCGGCCGCCGAGCGGGUACAGGACCGAGCUUGCACGGUCCGCGACCAUCCUGGCUCAAGCUGUUUUUGUCAGGCGCCAGGCCCACUGUUUGGCUCACUGGCUCGUUUCUCCCGACAGCCGCUGUCGACCCCGACGGCUCCACUCGCGAUGCGGCUCCGUGCCGUCGUUGCGGCCCUCUCACUCGUGGGCGCAGCUGCGGUGCUGGAGGGCGCGAGCGGCGGCGGCUGCGCAGCCGACGCGGCAGAGGAGGAGGCGGCCUUGCUGCAGACGAGGGCGGGCGACCUCGGUGGGCGGUCAGCGGCGGCGAGUCCCUCGCGGUCGACGAAUUCGACGGCGCCAGCUCCAACGACGAAUUCGACGACGCAGGCUCCACCGCGUCGAAUCCGCCCCGUCCCGGACGACACGGACGUGUGGUGGACAGAGAGCACGACGCCGGGCGGCGCGGACGAAACAUCGACGAGCAGCGCGGGGAGGAACCAGGAGGCGUACGAGAACUGCCUGCAGACGUGCAUGUACAGCUGCCAGUCGCUCGCGUGCAUCGACGUCAACGCGGGUGUCCCAGAGGACCUGUGCGACGACGGGGAGUGCAAGGAAAACGGGGAGUGCGUCGAGGCGACCUGCCUCAGGUGAGCGCUUCCGGCCGAGGGGGAGGAGGAGGAGGAGGAGGAGGAG